AUGAGGAGUGAGGCACGAUCUGAGAGGUGUUUGGGUGGUUGUAGCGAGGCUUGGGUGGCUCGCGGGCACAACAAUGGUAAGGGUGAGGGAGAAGGGUUUGCUACCGGAAAAAGGGGAAUGGAUGAAUGGAUGAGGUGGAGAGGACGGAGAUUAGGGCUGGAUUCACUGUGGUUGGUGAGACGGUGGGAAUGGAGGUUAAGGGCAAAGGUAGCGGAGAUGGGACACAGGCGUACUGCCUUGGAUGUUGUCCGCAGUGGAUGCUUGCUACAGGUUUGGGGUGAUGCGAAGAGUGAAGGUGAAGGGAUGGAGGGGAGCAAAUGUGAGGUAGAAGUGGGUGUCGCUGUGGUUGAGGGAAAAGAGGGGAGGUUUCUACGUGCUUCUCUUCUCUCUCAUGUCAAGACUACUGGAAAUGCGGGUGCAAGAGUAGCAUGUGGUAUCAUUGGACUGCAGUCAUCUGUUUAG